GCUACUCAGGAGAAACGAGAUGAUCUGCCCUGGAGCCGCAGCAAAAUGCUGGAUGGACACCUACUCCUGGGAUGGUUAUCGUUCACAGUUAUAGUCUAUCUUCUCAACUUGCCUGGACCGACGGCUGCGUAUUUCGGGUUGACAGGUAAUGAGCCGUUGUCUAUCCUGCCUCUGAACUCUCUACCAGAGGAGAACGUGGGCAGGGCCCACUACAAGCUGUGCGACCGGCUCAAACUGGAAAAGAAGCAGCGCAGGAUGUGCAGACGAGACCCGGGCGUGGCCGAGACCCUGAGAGAGGCCAUCACCAUGAGCGCCCUAGAAUGCCAGUAUCAAUUCCGCUUUGAGAGGUGGAACUGCACCUUAGAGGGGCGCCACCGGGCCAAUAUACUCAAGAGAGGAUUUAAAGAGACAGCCUUCUUGUAUGCCAUCUCCUCAGCAGGCCUGACUCAUGCAUUAGCCAAAGCGUGCAGUGCGGGACGCAUGGAGCGCUGCACUUGUGACGAGGCCCCUGACCUGGAGAAUAGAAAGGCGUGGCAGUGGGGGGGCUGUGGUGACAACCUAAAAUACGCCAACAAGUUUGUUAAGGACUUCCUGGGCAAACGCUCCAACAAAGACCUGCGCGCACGCGUGGACAUGCACAACACUAAUGUGGGCAUGAAGGUAAUCAAGGCUGGAGUUGAGACCACCUGCAAGUGCCACGGUGUCUCUGGCUCCUGCACUGUCCAGACCUGCUGGAGGCAGCUCCAGCCCUUCCACGAGAUCGGCAAGCAGCUGAAGCAGCGUUACGAGACCUCCAUCAAGGUCGGAAGCUCCACUAACGAGGCUACGGGGGAGGGAGAGAUCUCCACUGGCCGGAGCCAGGGGCAACAACCGCAGCCCCCGCCUGGGCUGAACGAUCCAAUCCCUCGCACCAUGGACCUGCUCCACAUCGAGGACUCACCCAGUUUCUGUAGACCCAGCAAAUACUCGUCGGGCACUGCGGCCCGUAAGUGUUAUAAGGAUAAGAACUGCGAUGCAAUCUGCUGCGGGCGAGGACAUAACACACAAAGCAGGGAGGUGACCCGGCCCUGCCAGUGCCAGGUGCGCUGGUGCUGCUAUGUCGAAUGCAAGCAGUGCACACAGAGGGAGGAGGUUUAUACCUGCAAAGGGUAAAAAAAAAAAAAAAAAAAAACACCUGUCAGCCUGCACAAUCGGUGGAGCAAGUAAACGAUGGCUGUGUCUCAGAGGAGGGUUGAUUUGUUCUCAAACAAGGUUCCAUGUCCACUGUGGAACAGUGUGCUGCAAACAAGAGGAGCAAGCCGAUGGAGAAGCAAUAAGCACUUUGAGGGAUUUCUGUGGGCUGGGUGUCAGAGGGCCUCUGGACCCCGCGUAUGUUGGGGUUUGCAGAUAUAAAAGAAACUUCUCAGACAACUGGGUCAACAUCUCAAGCUUUUAAAAAAAAAAAAAAAACACGGUUGUGCCUUUAACUGAGAUGCAACCAGCUGCAUCUUUUCACAAGAAAACAGAAAUCAGUGUCCAGCUGAUGGAGAUCAAAGACGAACCAGUCACACCAACAGACUGGUUUCUGGGCUUUGCCCGGAGAAGAAUGGCUUAUGUAUGCAUGUGUUAUCCUUACAUGUGUGUUUUGUGUGUAAGCACAAUAGAGUGAGGGCGGACGGGGGUUGAAUGACGACUUUUAUGCAAUGAAAUCCAUAUUCAAAGACUGCUUAAAAGAAAACAAAGACAGGGUGUAAGAUUUACUUUACACGCACAUAUUUACACUUGCACACAUUGUGUGUUUGCAUAUGUAUGUACAUAAAAUCAGAUAUAUUGUAAUGAUAUUAUACAAGCCACUUAUCUAACUAUGUUAAAACAAACCACUAACCACACAAAUGUGUUGUUGUUUGUGUGCUCUCGUCGUUUUUUCUUCUUGAUUAAUGUCGACAAGGCCUUCGGAAAGCAGCACACUCGUGUCCGUCGCCUUGCUGUGGAUAAUUUAUGGACCCGUUGGGACUACUCCUUCACAGGGAGGAAAGAAGAACACAUUUUUCUUCUUUGUAAUAAUAUAAUAUAAUAUGAAGCUGUUAGUGAAUGCAUUAACAGUUGAACUAUACCAGUCUGUUUUGGCUCUUCUCAGCCUUGAGCGAACUAGAGUUCAGGGAAUAACUUAAACCACUAUUAACUAUUUUGGCAGUACAGGAGAGAAAUAGUGCAAACACAAAUAAUACCCAAGUUGUAUAUGACAUUUCCCUUAUUAUUACAGCCAAGAUUAUUGCAGCACCUGACCAGCAAAUGGUCCACCAAAUCAGAAAUUAUGACGAUCUGUCAAGCUUCAAUCUACCUAUUAUAAUUAUUUAGUUUAAUUUUAAAGACAUUAAAGUUGUACAGAAAACUGUGGAGAACUGGAGGAAUGGAGCCCCCCCCACCAUUUCACAUCCUUCUGUCCUCCACAAUUUGAUUGAGCCAUAUUCAACACAGGUAGACAUGCAGCAUGUACAGCAGGAGCUGCGUCAGUCUGUCCAAACAGUAUGGGGCAAACCGAGAUGGAAAUCUGACUUGACAUGUCUACAGAGUUACUCAAGUGAAGAUGAAUGCAUACAUUUCAUAGCUAAUAUAAAUAUAUUUUAUUGGAAUAAUAUUUGUGUAAUGUUCAGGCAAAUUGAUGUCUGAAUGCAAAAAUUGGGGGGGGGGAUUGACUUUCAUCUUUCAGAAGUCAGUGCAGUUGUUGUAACACAAAACUUAACUUGUUUCUCUUGUUGUUGCCAGGCACAAAUUUACAGGUUAAAGGAAUAGUUCAUCAUUUUGGGAAAUUCUUCACUUUUUGGAAGUUAAAUACAAAAAUCUCGCCAAAACUCACCAUAAAGUAUUUACUGAUCUGUUUUAUCUGGUCUAAUAUUUUUAAGGCUUUAGUCACUUUUUUUUUUUUUUGUACAAAUUAAAAAAGCAAGGUAACAGUUUUAAUGAGUAAACUCCUGGGAUACAGGAAAGCACAUUUAGUCAAUUUUGAACUCUACAAGGCUAGCUAGGAUAACCAGCUGGCCAUAGAUGCAUACUUGCUGGACAGAUACUCUUAACUUGCACCAAAAUGUUAGCUUUGGAAUGAGCCAGGCUAGUGAUUUCCAUCUGUUGCCACUUUUUAUUCUAAGCUGAGCCAACUGCCUGGCUAUAGUUUCUUAUGAGCCAGCUGUAUAGCGUCAAUCUCUACAAGAGAGACAACUUUGGAAAGAACCAGUCUCACCCUAUUUCCUUACCAGGCUGGGCUAUGCUAAGUGGCUAGCUAUCGUCCCAUUUUAAUAGAACUGAUACUCUUAAGUCUCAGCCCCAGUGCACCCCUUACCCCGACCACUUAGCCCUACCCAUUUUGCACAUUCACAUCUAGACAUCAGGACUCUUGUUGGAACAGAGGAGUCGGAUGAAGUAGCCACUUUGUUCUUUAAAUUGGGAUUUUCCAAACAUGUACUCUUUUUAAAAUUAUUUUAAUAUGAUCUUUUUGGGCUUUAUGUCUUUAUUCUGAUAGGACAGCUGAACAACCAGGACCCCACAACCAGUGCAUUGAGGACUAAAGCCUCUGUAUAUGGGUACCCGCUCUGCCAACUGUGCAAAACCGGUACCCUCAAACUGUACUCUAAAUCUCAGAUUGCCUUGCUAAUCAUCAGCUGAUAUAUACUAUACAUCAACAAUGUGGUCCCUGAAGUAAAAUUUUACUAUUAAAUGUCUAUGGAGGAAUUUGAAUGGCAAAUUUUACUUCUGGAACCAGCACUACUGAAAAAUUGGGCGGGCACUGUUGAGCUCCAUGGGAUAUGAAAAUUACAGCAACCACUUUAUUGUUUAUAGUCUCUGUGAAUUAUGGUCUUUCAUAUUAAACAUGCAUUUCAAAGAAUUACAUGCAUGUUGACAGCUAGCUAGCUAAGUGCCAUCCUAAUUUCUCAAACUUCCCCGACAGUUUCUGAUUUUCUGCUGACAACUUCAAAAGGAUGCCAGUAGUCCACACAAGUGAAAGAGCUAUGUCCCGAGAUGGUGUAUCGUUGAUUUUUGUUAAUAUAGUCACAUAUGUUUAGAGAAAUGUCGUUGACGACUACACGUCAUCCCAUGUCAAUGUGGAAGAUUAUAAUGCUACCCUGGCAACUAUUUUCCAGGAGGCAGUGGUAAAGAUUAGAAAUGGGACUUAGCCAAGCUCCCACCAUCUCCAAGUUUUCAGUCAGGUUGGCUUUUUCCACCAAUUAUCACUUCUAUAUGGCUAGCUAUGCUAAAUUAGCAAGGUUGCUGUUGUUUUAUAUUAACCAGACUCUGAAUUUAUUUAAGGAAGACAACUUGUAAUUGAGACACUCUUUGAUAACUGGCUAACUCUAAUCUAGAAAGCUUAAUUUGGGCACAGCAAGGUUAGCUGCUUUGAACUUCAGCUACUCCUAAUGCUAAGCUAAGUGGCUAACUUUUACCUAGAAAGCUAAAUUCGGACAUAGCAAGGUUAGCUGCUUUAGACUUCUGCUACUCUUUGUGCUAAGCUAACCAACUCAUAAUUGUUUUAUCGUUGGACAAAAAAUCUCAUCAGGACAGCCAAAUUUGGACAGAGCUAUGCUAGCUGUACCCACAUGUUUCAACCUGUUAUGUUUAGCUAAACAAAGAGGAUAGCUAGCUUGCUCUUACUCUCCCUCACAUCAUGCUUUCCCAAAAGGUAGAACCAUUCUUUUAACAUAUGACAAUUUCUUUCGUUGUUGUUUGUUGAAACACCUCUGUACACAAAUAAUGCAGACAUUAAUAUUUAAUUUUUUUCUCAGCACUUGGCUUCUGGGAAUAUUAUGUGAUAUAUUAGAAGAUAAGCCUUAUUUUAGAUGGGUGUGAAUUAACUACUGAGUGAGGGACCCAGCUUUGUAUUAUAGCGCCAUUUUACGCACUGAAGCCCAAAAGCCCUUUAAGUAUUUUAAGAUCUGUGUUUAUAGAUACAGUGCAGAAUCAUUUUUUGUUUUGUUUUGUUUUUUUUUUAAAUUGUAAAUAGUAAAAAAGAAAAAAAAAAAGGUUUCUUCUCCUGUGGUAUAGAGACAAAAGUGAGGCACAUGUUUAACUCUCACGAGAAACAGAAAAUGGUAGCAAUAAGUAAUGUCAGGAUGAGACAACACACAGCUGCUUUCUACAUGGCGGUAACAGAUUGUAAUCAGCCAUACGGCAGCAAGCCAAACAUCCUUAAAAGUGGCUUUUACCUUCAACAGGCGGGUUAGUCUUUAAAGAUGAUUAUCACAAAAAAUAAACCACCACCCUUGGCAGGCGUGUCAUGCUUUUGCCUUGCAUGGGUUAAUUGUCCCGAGGAGAUGAAUUCCAAGCAUUUUGAUAUGAGAUGGCAUGCCAAAUAAAGACUGGUCAAAACAUAUACAUAGAACUUUGCACGCUACAUGGAAACCAUAAUAGCAUGCUGAGAUUCGAAGCAUAAAUGCCUGCUUCCCACAACUUUCUGUGUGUGUGUGUCACACUCCUGAGGUUCUCCCUUAUUGAACAGAUUUAAAACAGGCAUGACAGGAAUACCAAAAUCACACCAAGUGCAUUUUUGUUGUUUAUAGAUUGUACAUAGGCCUAAAAACUCCUCCAGAGGAAGAGGAGCAUGAGGCAGCAGCCAGUCAGAUUUUCAUAUUCUCAAAUCCAAAAUCUGCACUGUUUAGUCGUCAGUGGAUCAUGUACAAAAUUCUGUUUUGUAGAGAAAAAAUAAAAGAUAAAUUAUUUUUAAAUAUAUUAUGAGCAUGUGUUUAGUGUAAAUAACGUCAAAGACUAAAUUGAUUUUAUAUCCUGUAUUUUUUACUCGUUUUCUUUUGGGUGUUUGCUCCUCUUUUGGGGUGGAGGCUUUGAGAUGCAGUGUAUACUUUAAACAUAUUUCAUUUCAUACUCAUUAUGUGGUGUUAUCUAAGCACUAACAAAUCCUAACAAAUGUAGAAUCAACUCAUAGCUGUAUUUUAUCAAUGUGCACAAUCAUGACACAUUUUUAAAAGUAUUCAAAUAAAAUCACAGUCAUCAGCAGUAUAUUUCAUAGAAUCUGAUCUGUUUGUAUAAUAUUUUAUGAAAGUCAUUCUAGUGUUGGUUAUCACUAUAUGAUUGCAUAGUUUAUACUCACCUUUGGAUUACUUUCCAUUCACUUUUUGUUAGGAUUUGUGAUGUGCUUGUAAAACAAAGAUAAAACACACAAACUAUGUAUUGCCAUUUGUGAUGAUACAACACAAAGCUUUGACCAUGUUCACUUAUUCAUGUCUUAUGGGAACCCUAAAUUAUUUUCCUCUACCUCAUGUGUAUAGCUUGUAGGUAUAAACAGAUCACAAAUGACUGGUAAGAAUGUAUUUAAGUUAUUUAACAUCUUUGUAUAACAAAGGCGAAAAAAAUCUGAAAUAAUAAAUGAAUUUUUAAAUUA